AGGACCAGCACUUUCCAGUAACCUGCCAGGUGAGGCGUGUCCAGGCUCCGGGUGCAGAAGCUACUUCUGCUCCAAAGCUCCAGGGUACAGAACCCACUCUCAGCUACUGCACUGGGAGCUAAGGUACCCAGAAGGCACUGGACACAGAGGACAGAGCGAGGAGCCAACAAGGGAACAGGAAAGGGAUUUCUAGGCGUGCGCAGCCGCUGGGGGCGGGACUUCCGGCCUCACCCCUCGGACGACUUCUGGCCUUUCCUCAGGUCUGCUCAACCUCUAAGGUUCCGGAGCGGACUUUCGGGGACGAGGUGACAAACUGACAAAGCGCGAGGGGAGGCGACGUCCCCGCCGAAUAGACUGGGGAUAACGACUCGCUGACGCCACUCGGGCUGCUCCCCGCCGGGGCCGGAACUGGGACCGCGGGCUCGAGUGUCAGUUCUCCCACAGAGUCCGAUGGCGGCGGCCGCGUCUAGGAACCCGGCUGAGGGUGGUGUGACCUUUGAGGACAUUGCCAUCUACUUCUCCUGGAAGGAAUGGAGACUUCUUGAUGAGGCUCAGAGACGGCUGUACUAUGACGUGAUGCUGGAGAACUUUACACUUAUAUCCUCCCUGGGUUGCUGCUGUGGAGCAGAGGAUGCGGAGGCACCCCUUGAACAGAGCGUUUCUGUAGGUGUGUCACAGGCCAGCACGCCCAAGGCAGCUCUGUCUUCCCGGAAGACCCACCCCUGUGAGAUGUGCGGUCCGGUCUUGAGAGACGUUUUCCGCUUGGCUGAGCACCUGGGAAAACCAAGCAGCCAGAAGCUGUUGAGGUGUGGGGCAUGUGGAAAACGAUUUUACUUCAGCCGAAACUUUCAGCAGCAGCCGGACCAGCAUACGGGAGAGAAACCAUUCAGAAAUAGUGUGGACACACUCUCUUUUAUGAAGGCAUAUGGAUUCCAUCAUUCAGGAAAGCCCUUUACCUGUACAGAGGUUCAGAAGGACUUCCUGCCUGGCGUGGUUCGUCUGCAGCAGUACGCCAUUCAUACUGGAGGGAAGCCAAACACAAUCAGCCAGUGCAGGGAAACUUUACAGAGUAGUAAAGGUCAUUACACUUGGGGAAAAUGCAAGGAUGCCUUUGGUCCGGAGCAUACACCUAUUCAGGAUCAGGGUAUGCAGCCUGGACGACCGUGUUUUGUGUGCAGUGAAUGUGGGAAAACAUUCAGGUACAAAUCUUUAUUGACUAUCCACCAGAGAUUCCAUACUGCAGAAGGACAUCAGGAGUUUGGCAAAGGUAGAAAAUCCAUUAGGCAAAGGUCUGUCCUUAGUCAAAAUGGAAGGGCUCACACUGGGUCCAGGCAGUACACCUGCAGCAAAUGUGGGAAAUCCAUAAGCCACAAAUCUGUGCUUGUUCAUCCCCAGAGAGGGCACAGUGGAGAAAAUGUUUAUGUUUGCAGUGGAUGUUCAAAAUCUUUUAGCCAUAGUUCAGUUUUAAUUACUCAUAAGGUUCAAUCUAGAGAAAGGCGUUAUAAGUGUGGUGACUGUCCAAAAUGUUUUACCUCUAUCUCUGCUCUCAGAUAUCAUCAGAGAUCUCACACAGGGGAAAGACCUUAUCAGUGUAGGGAAUGUGGGAAGACUUAUAUCUCCAGUACUGGCCUCCGUUAUCAUCGCAGGGUUCACACUGGAGAAAGGCCUUAUGAGUGCAGUGAAUGUGGGAAAACUUUUACUGCUAGUUCUGUCCUCCAUUAUCAUAAGAGAAUUCACACUGUAGAAAGGCCUUAUAAGUGCCAUGAAUGUGGCAAAUCUUUUUUCUCUGCGUCUGACCUCCAUUAUCAUCACAGAGUUCACAGUGCAGAAAAGCCGUAUCAGUGCAAUGAAUGUGGCAAGUCCUUUCUCCGAAGAAACAGCCUCAAUGUACAUGUAAAGGUUCACUCAAGUGAAAGGCCUUAUAAGUGUAAUGAAUGUGGAAAAUCUUUGAAGUGGAAGGCAACGUUCAUUAAACACCAGAGAAUUCACACAGGAGAACGACCUUACAGGUGCAGUGAAUGUGGCAAAUCAUUUACCGCUAGUUCUGCUCUUCAGUAUCAUCGGAGAGUUCAUACGGGAGAAAGGCCUUAUGAGUGCAGUGAAUGUGGGAAAUCUUUUAUCACUAGUUCUGUCCUCCAUGAACACCGGAGAGUUCACACUGGAGAAAGGCCUUAUGAGUGCAGGAAAUGUGGGACAUCUUUCUCCUCAACUUCUUCCCUCCGUCAUCACCAGAGAGUUCACAUUACAGAGAGGCCUUAUGAGUGUGGUGAAUGUGGCAAAUCUUUCCUCUCUGGGUCUGACCUCCAGUAUCACCAGAGAGUUCACACUGGAGAAAAGCCUUAUAAGUGCAGUGAAUGUGACAAGUCCUUUCUCCGAAGAAAUAGCUUCACUGAACACAUAAAAGUCCAUUCAGGUGAAAGGCCUUAUAAAUGUAAUGAAUGUGGGAAAUCUUUGAACUAUAAGUCGACAUUCAUUCAACACCAGAGAAUUCACACAGGAGAAAAGCCUUACCUAUGCAAUGAAUGUGGAAUGUCUUUUAGUCAUAGUCGUGCCCUACGGUUUCAUCGUCAUUGUCACCUUGGAAGAAGUCCUUAUGAGUGUAGUCAGUGUGGGAAAUCUUUUACUUCUAAUUCUUCCUUCAUGUCACACCAGAGAAUUCACACUGGAGAAAAGCCUUAUGAGUGCGGUGAAUGUGGGAAGGCUUUCACUGCUCGUUCUCUCCUCUAUUCUCACCGGAUUGUUCACACGGAGGAAAGGCCUUAUGAAUGCAGUGAAUGUGGCAAGUCCUUUCCCCGAAGAACUACCCUCAAUGUACACAUAAAGGUUCACUCAGCUGAACGGCCUUAUAAGUGUAAUGAAUGUGGGAAAUCGUUGAAGUAUAGAUCGACAUUCAUAAAACACCAGAGAAUUCACACAGGAGAAAGGCCUUAUGAGUGCAGUGAAUGUGGGAAGGCUUUUAUCAGUCAUCCAGCUCUUAGUUAUCAUCGCAAGAGUGCACACAAGAGAAAGGCCUUAGGAGUGCUCUGAAUCUAGGAAGUCUUUCAACUAACUCUAAAAACGUACCCAACAUGAGAAACUACACAGUAGAAAAUGUCUUUAUUGGUGACAUGAUGACCUGAAUGCUCAUGUUCACUAAAAUUUCUAUGUUGAAUACCCAUUCUGAAGGAAUGGUAUUUUUUUUAUUAACUUGUUGUAUUUUUUAUUUUUUUAAAUUUACAUCCAAAUUAGCAUAUUGUGCAACAAUGAUUUCAGGAGUAGUCUGAUGGAAUAGUAUUAACAGGUGAUAUCUUUGGGAGGUAUUUCAGUUGAGAAUGGUCAGGAAUGUGGAACACUCAUGAAUGGGGUUAAUAUCAUAAGAUCUCUAAAGCAAGCUUCUUUUCCCUAUCAGUCAUGUGAGGACCCUUGAGAAGAUGAUCUAUAAAUCAGGAAGCUGGUGGACCAGUCACAGAACCAGGCCAUAUGCGGAAUGGUAGGUCAGAUAUACAACCUCCACAACUGGGAAACUUCUUGUUUCUUUACAAGCCCCCUCCUUUGUGAUAUUUUGUUAGAGCAGCCUGAGCUGAGACAAAUGUGAAGAGUAUGGGUAAUCUUUUGACCAAAGAUAGUUUUGAAAUCCGAAUUCACCUUGUAGCAGGGCCUCAUGGGUGAGGUACGUGACCAUUCCUUUAGUCCAGUGAUCUGUCUUCAUUCCACGCUCAGAGGUCACACUGCAGAAAGACUUUAAAGUAGCAGAGAAGGUGAUCUUUCCUUGCUUUGUGUAAUCACAGUGGAGGAGAACUGUUUGCGAGGCAGACACCUACCUGAGUUGAAUUUGUUCACCUGAAUGUCCAGAGGGGAGUGACUUCCAUAAUAUGAAGCUAUUUCAGGAAAAUACAGAAGCUGCGUUGUGCUUUUGCUGUGUUUGGAGUCCUUGCUCCAUUGAAAUCACUGCCAGUUUCUGAAGCAAAAGGCACUUCACUCCUGCCACUUGCCAGGUUCCCAUCAUGUGUAUCAGCCACCACCCACCGUGCUCAAGCAUGCUGACCUCUGCGCUUUGUCAUUGGCGACGGACAUUGUGGGUAAUUGGAACUCCUUGUUCCCUUCUAAGUCAGGACGUGGAUGUGACCCAGUGUUGACCCUCCUACCUGAACUGAGUUUGGGGUGGUGUCCUGCAGAGAGGCUGAGUCUCUUAGGACGUUGUUGGUCUCCUGAUGUUUGUGAUCAAUGUGUGCAGCACCCAAGUCACCAGCACAGGAAUUUGGUGCCACGUUUUGCUCUGGUUUAUGCAUUAAUAAAUGCCUUUUUUGUUUAAUUACCUUUAAUCUAAUGUGUUGUAUUCACUCAAAGGGGUUGUUUGAGAGCGGAAUUGGCGUCUGCCAGCAUGAAGAAGUGAACAGAUUUCAUUGCAUCCCCAACUUACUGUGUCUUGGAUAAUUGUAAAUAAAAAAAUAACUACGACA